CCUCACACACACACUGACGAAGGCUCAGUCCUGCUAUGGCCACCACCACCACAGAGGAGAGCUCUCCGGUCCCGACAACCACAGCAACCCAGCAGCCUGACUUGGAUACUAGCAUAGAACCCGGCUCAGCAAGAAAGCCUGAGUCCAGUGAGGCCCAACUUGACAAAGAAGAAAAAGAGGAUGAGGAAGAGGAGGAAGGGGGAGAAAGCUCUGUGCCGGGGCAGGAGAAUGCAAAAGCGCAGAGUUUGGACCCGGAAUGGGUGGAGGAGAGGUUCAGGAUCGACAGGAAGAAGCUGGAGACCAUGUUGUAUGCUCCAACACUUGGAGAUGGUGAAACCGGAGAGGAGUUUUUUGAGAGAGUGAUGAGAGAAACCGACACUCAGGUGAAGUGGCCGUCCAAGCUGAAAAUUGGGGCCAAGUCAAAGAAAGAUCCACAUGUGAAGGUGGAAGGGAAGAGAGCCAAUGUUUUGAAAGCCAAAAAGAAGAUACUAGAAGUGCUGGAAACCAGGGUGAACAAGGUGACUCUAAAGAUGGACGUGGCCUACACAGAGCACUCCCACGUGAUUGGGAAAGGCGGUGGAAACAUCAAAAAGGUGAUGGAGGUCACAUCUUGUCACAUCCAUUUUCCCGACUCCAACCGCCACAGUGCUACCGGAGAGAAAAGCAACCAGGUCUCCAUCGCUGGGCCCAUAGAAGGAGUGGAGGAAGCCAGGAGGAGGAUAAGAGACUUGCAGCCAUUGUCCUUGAGCUUUAACCUCCCAGUCAGCCUGAUGCCCCAGGGUCUGCCAGAUGCAGGCUCCCCACUCAUUCAACAGGUAGUGCAGACUUUGGGGGUCAGUGUGAGCUUCAGGGCCGUGCCACCCCAUCCUCAGGCACAACCCACCUUCUAUGAAAGCUGCUGCACCGUCUGGGGCCUGCAGGGCAAUGCAGCUGCUGUCAAGAAGGCGACCUGCAUCCUGAUAGACCUGCUGCUGGGGUCAGAGGUCACAUGUGGUGUAGUGAGCAGCCAGCUGGAUGUCACCUCCCAGCAGCAUCUCUUUCUGCUGGGGCAGAAUGGAGCUCACUUCCUGAGCGUCAUGCACCAGACCCAGACCCAGAUCAUUCUACCAGACCUUAGUGCUCCUCAGAGCCCUCCCUCGCUGCUCAUCCAGGGCAGCCCUGACGGAGUGUGUCUGGCUCGGCAGCAGCUCAUGGACUGUCUGCCUGUGUGUUUGAUGUUUGACAUGCGUGAAGAUGGGGAGGCAGAUCCUUGUAAGCUGGCUCAGAUGAUGCAAAACCUGGGAGUCUUCAUUAGUGUCAAGCCCAAAGUAAAACAGACCAGCAAGUCAGUAGUGGUGAAAGGUCUGGAAAGGAACAUCUCCUGUCUGUAUGAGGCCCGCCGUCUGCUCCUCGGUUUGGAUUCUAGUGAGACUGCCAAGGUAACCGAGAUGACCCCUGACCCCAUGUUAACCGGCAGCGGAAUGACCAGCUAUUGGCUCAACAUGUUGCUGCAGCAGCUUCGUCUCUCUGAGCAAGGCUCUGUGCCUGCUCCCACUCCAGAUGUGCUGACUGGUCCUAAGUACCGCCCCUCACCUCCACCAGGCUUCACCCCUCCUGCUGAUGAGGGGAGGAUGGGACUGAAGGGAACAGAUAGCCGACCACUGGAGAAGAUCCUAGAAAAUGAGGACCUGUCUGGCCAAUCAGAGGAUGAGAGCUCUCAGGCCAUGGUGAUGUUAUCAUCUGAAGGGUGUCAUUCAGUUAGCAGCAUCAGCAGCGUGGGAUCAAUGGGUCGGAGGGGGAGUCUCCAGGGUCCUGACACUACCAAGGUUUUAGUCCAGGGCAGACGGCAUUCAACGGGGCAGGCGUUAACAUACAGAUUACUGAAUGCAGACAUUGAGGGAGGGAGGAGUGAGCGGAGGAACAGCUGA